AUGUGGCGCGCAGCCGCCACCGCGGUCACGGAACGUCGCUCCGCACGCCGCCUCCCGUGGGACACGGCGGACGAGGAGUUCGGCAUGGACCCGACCUCCAUCGUGCAGCGCCUGGCAGGCGUCACCGACUCAUCCGUCUUCGUUUCGGGAAGUGGCUCGCACCUCCAGCACAUCGCCAGAUCCACCAACCCACGUCCUCGUGUCCGUGCUGCGCUCCAGUUCGCCCAGAAGUACGCCGCGCGCAAACGCACAAUGACCAAUCUGAACCGCCACGACAACGAGUGCGGUCACUCGAAGGUGCGCAGCACCUUACAGAAAGCUGACUUGCUUGCCUUGCAGGAGCGCCCCUACCACGACAAGAUGCCGCAGACCAUCCGUAGACGCCUGCUCGCUAGGCCCCCUGCCUGGGACCCGAACUGCCAGUGCACCCGGCAGCCACGGAAUACCACCCGCGGACUCGUGGACCAAGGUCCGGAUCGGCUCCAACGAGGUGCUGCUGCGUGGGCGGACCUGUGGGUCCCCAACGUGCUGCUGGGCAGCCGAGACGCUGACAGCGAGCGUGGCUUCAUCGACGGGUGCGUCGAGUACACUAGCCGAGCGUUGCAGCGCGACGACCUCGACGUCACCAAGCCUCCGCCCGAGCCCGACACCGCGAUGCCGCUGGACAUUGAGGAGGACGGCGAGCCCAUGCUGGGCUUGCCGCAUCGCCAGCCGAGCUCCGACCUGACGGUGCGCAUCGGCCUCCCGCCGGCCACCUCCGCGCUCGAGGGCGAGAGUGAGGAGCCACUCUUCUGCGAGGUACAGCGGGCCGCGUCGCUCACGGUGCGUCCAAUGGCUGGCCCGGCUGCCCUGCAGUGCCGCUUCCUGGCGGGCGGCGGGGGCGAGGCGCUGCUGCCCGGCCAGGCGGAGGCCACCGCCCGCGAGGAGGCCGUGGCGCCCGUGACCGCGGCGCUGCAGGCGCAGGCGACCAGCGGGAGCGCGGGCGAACCCGCCGAGAAGCCCGCCAUCGGGGACGACAGCUCCGAUGACUCGGGCGAGGACGUGUCCAUGCAGCUGUUCAAGAAGAUGGUGAAGGCGGGCCCCGCGAAGGGGCUCAGGAAGUUCGUGAACAGUCUCCCAUUCGAGCUGUUUUUCGGCUUCCUGAUUGUGUUCAACACCCUGAUACUGACCCUCCAAGUGCAGUACAACGGCUUCGACCUUGGCUACAGCUUGGACUACGGGAGGUACGAGCGGCCGGCGAAGAAGGAGUGUGGCCGGGGGCGAGCCUGUCGUGGGACUUCUUCAACUAUUUCUUCGGGAUUCUGUUCACGGUCGAGCUGGUGCUGA